AUGACACCAAGACCACACUACACACAUCCCGACCGCAGUCAUGGCGGCUCAUCCAAGGAUGAAAUCCAAAAUGAACCAGACUGGAUCAAAACUCAUAGCCACCGAAUCGGAUUUUGUGAUCCUGACGAUCGGCACCCGGGGCACACCCACGUUGGAGAUGAAUGGGAAACCGAGCGACAGCGCGAAUUUCUCACCCAGGCAAAGAAAGAGGCCGAGGAGCUCAGUGAGGAAUUGAGGAAUAAAAAGCUGAUCAAUGUCCGCGAGUUCAUGGCCAAACAAGAGGACUAUCACUUGAGAUUUCCUGAAAAUCAUCCUACUGGAUGGCGCUACGUGCUUCAUACCACGGAGGAUUUUAUCAAGUACAAACAAGACUGGCCUGUCAAUGUAAAGAAGCGGCAGGAAGAGGCUGAGGAGAAAAAGAAGGAGUCCGAGCAGAAGGAAAAGGAUAGUAAGAAUCCACAGAAGGAACAUGAGUGGCGACGGGGUCGCGGCGAGAACGAGACACACCACGAGGCCCAUGCAACUGACUCGAAAGAUAAUAAUAAAGACUACAGUGACAGUGAGAAGAAGGAGGGGCAACAAAGUCUGCAAGACAAAUACUCGCCACAAGAGUUGUCUCUAUUGCGCCUGCUACAAGCCGAGAGUGAAUUGAUGCGGACCAUUCAAGAGAACGAUGGCACAGCCAAAACUCCUAUCAAGCCAGCCAAAGAGCAGGAUCUUUCUAUUGACGAGACCGAUCAGUUCACUCCGGACAACUGGAUCCCUCGAUCCACCAACCUCGUCCGUCUGACAGGGAAACACCCACUCAACUGCGAGCCUGAGCUAACAGCCCUUUUUGAUGCGGGUCUGAUCACCCCGAACCAGCUCCAUUACAUUCGAAAUCAUGGGCCAGUACCUCAUCUUUUAUGGGAAACCCAUAGAAUUGAUGUUGCAAAUGGCAAGCUUGUGCUAUCGAUGGACGAUCUGCAGAAUAGCUUCGAGGCCAUAAACAUCGCGGUGGCAUUAGCAUGCGACGGCAACCGUCGGAAAGAGCUCAACAUGAUCAGAAAGUCCAAAGGCUUCAACUGGGGUGCCGGUGCAAUUAGUUGUGCUUUCUGGAAGGGAGCUCUCCUAUGUGACGUGCUUUCAGCUGCCGGCUUGGACGACGAUAUCAUCCGGAACAGUGGAGUCCGUCGUUGGGUACAUUUCGAAGGUGCAGAUGAGCUCAGUGAGGGCAAGUAUGCCACAUCAAUUCCACUGGCAUAUGCUAUGGAUCCUGAGAACGAUGUGAUACUGGCCUAUGAAAUGAAUGACGUCCCAUUACCACCAGAUCACGGCUACCCAGUGCGAUUAUUGAUUCCCGGCUUCGUUGGUGGCCGUUGUGUCAAGUGGCUUCAUAGGAUUUGGGUCUCCGAGAAAGAAAAUGACAGUCAUUAUCAUAUUUGGGACAACCGUGUUCUUCCUGGUUUCGUUCGCGAUAUGGACUCGGAGUUUGCGCAUACCAUGUUCCACCACCCGAGUACGGCUUGCAACGAGCAAAAUCUGAAUUCGAUCAUUGUCAAGCCUGAGCAUGGCGAGACCAUCCAUCUUUCUAAUGUGGGUAGCAAUCAAAGCUACCGGAUUUCGGGUAUCGCAUACGAUGGUGGUGGCCAUGAAGUCCAGAGGGUGGAAGUUAGUUUAGACGGUGGGGAGACCUGGCUAUACUGUGUCCGCAAGUUCCCUGAGUACCCAGUCCGCCAUGGAAGGAAGUUCUGGACGUGGAUUCAUUGGCAUGUGGAUGUUGGAUUGGCACACUUGAUUCGAGCCGAGAGCAUCGUCGUCCGCUGCUUCAAUGUCUUCAAAAACAUGCAGCCAGAAAAGCCAGCAUGGAACAUAAUGGGGAUGAUGAACAAUUGCUGGUAUACAGUACGCCCGGAGAUCCUCCAUGAUCAGGAUCAUGAUGGCAUCAGCCUUUACUUCCGACACCCGACCGAGCCUGGCACUGGAAAGGGAGGCUGGAUGCAGCCCACGACAGAAAACCAGAUCGAAAAGAUCAAGCAUGAAGUGGCAUCACCACAGAAGCAGUUCACGCGCGAAGAGAUUGAAAAGCAUAACAAGGAAGAUGAUUGUUGGAUUGUCAUCAAUGGCAAAGUCUACGAUGCGACGAGUGUACUGGAAUGGCAUCCUGGUGGCAAAGCUCCAAUCAUGGCACACGCAGGGAAGGUGCAUGUCGAUACCACCGACGAAUUUGACAGCAUUCACGAUGAUUAUGCGGAGCAGAAAUUGAGUGAAUGCGUCUUGGGUCUGGUCACCGAGAAAGCAAUGGGAUUCAUUAAGGGGCAAGCCGAAGAUGCAGCGAAAGAGAAAGCCAACCCUACAGAAACGGGCUCAGAAACUGUUUUCAAUCGUCACCGAUGGAAUGCCAUCCGUUUCGCGGAGAAAAAGGCACUUUCUGAAGACACGAAUCAGUAUACUUUUUCUCUCGCACCGAAUGCGAAAAAGUUGGGCCUUGGAACCUGUCAGCAUCUCCAAUUGGGAUUCCAUUUCAGCGAUCGACUCGUGGUGAGGCCAUACACGCCCACCCGACCGGUCUUUGAAAAAGAGGAAGAUGGAACGUUCGAUCUGGUUGUCAAGACCUACCGCCCAGAUAAAUCCCAGCCAGGUGGCACGAUGAGCAAUAUCCUUGACUGUCUCCGACCCGGCGAGGAAAUCGAGGUGAAAGGCCCCACUGGCGAGAUAAAGUACAUCGGCCAAGGCAAGUUCUUAAUCGAUAAGAAAGAAUACCACUUCGGCAAAGUCAGCCUCGUACUAGGUGGCUCCGGUAUAACGCCCGGGUACCAGCUUAUCUCACGAAUCUUGCGUGCGAAAGAUCGGGGUGAGAAGGAAGACAAGACCGCUCUCAAGGUUAUUGAUGCGAACAAGACCGAGGGCGACAUCCUGCUGCGAGGAGAACUGGACGAACUGGCCAAGAAACAUUCAGAUCAAUUCCAGAUCACACAUAUUCUUUCACAUCCUGGUGAUGACUGGAAGGGCGAAAAGGGCCAUGUGUCGAAGGAGAUUUUGGAGAAGUAUGCGUUUGGUCCCGAAAAGGGGGUUGUGGCUCUACUUUGUGGUCCUCCGACCAUGAUUCAAAAGGCUGUACUUCCAGCUUUACAGGAGACGGGGUACAAGGAGGAUGAGAAUUUGUUUGGAUUUUGA